GCCAUGCGCGUGCCGAGCUCGUCGCCGGCGUUCACGUCCAGCGGAGGAGGAGGAGGCCGCAGCGGCCGCAACCUGCGCCAGAAGGUGGUGGACGAGAUCAAGAACGUGCGCGCGCGCAAGAGCCCCGCGAGCAAGGAGAAGGCGGCGGCCAAGGAGAAGGAGAAGACGGUGGCGCCGCCCCCGCUGGAGCUCAACCACGAGGACGCGGACGAGGAGGAGGACGACGUGGUGCAGGACCCGUCGCAGCCCGCGGCGGCCAAGGCCAAGGGCUGCAGCAUCUGCGAGCGGUCCUUUACGGUCUUCCGCGCCAAGCACACGUGCAAGCUCUGCGCGCAGAAGAUCUGCGACGACUGCAGCAAGAACCGCAUGAAGCUGCACCGCCGCCUGGAGCGGAAGAAGGGCUCGAGGCUCUGCGACCCGUGCGCGCGCAGCGUCAUGAACGCCGACAACGGCAGCGGGGGAGAGGACGCGUUCCCGGACGCGUCGCCGCCGCUGAUGGCCAUGCGCAGCGACGACACGUUCACGAGCAAGCACGGCGACGCGACCAACGGGUUGUCGCGUCGUCACUCCGUGCCGGCCAAGACGCUGUCGUCGCUCAUCCACGGCAAGGAGAAGCCUGGGGCUGCUGCAAAUGGCGGCGUGAAGCAGGCCUCUCCCGCGCAGAAGGUGGUAACUACCAGUGCCGCCGGUAAUGCAGGAAUCUCCAAGAUGCGGGGAUCUUCGACUCAGGUCACGCGAGUGGUUUACUACACGCAUCUGAGAACGCGUCAUUGGGUGUCGCUGCUGGCUGUGGCAGUGCUCGUGGCGUUACGCGUGAUUUACUACACUCGGAGAAGCGGCGUCGAAGGAAGUGUCGUGACUUCGGACUCAGCUCCUGCUGUACUCGCCCCGCAGCCAUACUCUUUCGUGGAGCGUGCAUUGGACAAUUUGCUCUCGAUGCGGACGCUGGGCACGUAUUUGCUGGGACUGGUGGUGUUCGACGAGCUCUCGAGGCCGAAGGGCAGCAACAAGUCCGUGAAGAAGACAAAGCAGCGUCGCCGUCGACGUCGCCGUGUGAGUUCCACCGCUGGUGAGCAGAGGAGCCGAACGAAGUCAUCCCUGUCGGACACUAGCGUGGCCAGCAAGAGGCGCGAGGUGGAGGCCUCAGCUCCUCCGUCGCCUCACACGUCGCAGGAAGAUGAUCUCGAAGUUUCAGUGCUCGACCAGAGCCACGACGAGGGCUUUACGCUGGACAAGUUGGUCACAUCUCUGGAGGAAGGCGUCGCGACACGUGCCCCGGAUGGUCAGUUGCGCCUCGACCGCUUCAUGGCCACGUGCAACGUCAUCUGCGGCUUCCUGGGCGUCUUCGGUCGUGCUACUUCGUUCGCCGGUAGCACCGUUGGAGCUUACUUCACAUCUAUCGACCACAACUUGGAGGCGUGGCCGGUGCCAUCGUCGUCUAACACGUGGAAGGAGCAGAGCGUAAGGGCCGUGAUCGAACACGAGGUGGACCUGGGCGUGGCGGACGUGGGCGGCAAGAAGAAGCCUUCGUGUUCACGCUGCCUGUUGCGGCUGCUGUGGUUCAUCCAGUUCGUGGAGGCGUGUGUUCGUCUCACGCUGCUCGAGUCGACCGAGGAGAACUGCUACAACGGCGCCAGCAAAGCCUACGAGGAGACUCUGGGCAAGCGCCACCCGUGGCUUGUCCGCAAGGGCGUCAACACUGCUCUGGGCUCGAUCCCCACGCGCAGCCACAUUCUGGGGGAGCUGCACGUCGGAGAAGGCGACGCCAUUGAGCCGCUUCGCAAGGCCCACGCCGAGAUUGUGCGGGUCAUUGCCGAGCUGAAGGUCGUCUUUGAAGAGCACGGACUCACGGAUCUCAAAUAAACUACAACUUAGAUGCAUGUCACCGAUGAAUUAGCUGCGUCCAUAACCAUACAAAAUACAACAUGAUACGCUACGUGU